AUGGACGAAAGCUUCGUCGAUACUCGACGAAGGAGGGACCGAAAGGCCCCAGUCCACACACCUCCAGAAGAAGAGGAGGAAGAGGAAGGCCGUCUUUUCGAUACCGACGAGGAAUAUGAGUCACCAAAGAAGAAAUCGAAAAACGACAGAGAGGCUGGACAGGAGUCGCCGUCGGGCUCUCGUGAUGCUGCUCCGAAAGGAGGAGUGAAGGGCGACAACACGGCCAAGAUGAAGCGCUGCAUGGAGCUGUUCAAGAAGUACCACCAGAAGCGCGGCUACGACCACUUUGGCCACUCGGUCAUCGAGGAGAUCCGCGGCCACGACGCCGACUACCAGUCAUUGACGGAAAUGGCCCUCGUUCUGGAGAGCGCCUCUCAAGUCUACAGCUACCGCGUCGAGGCCGCCGUCAUCCACUGCAAGCAGGCGCACGACAUUUGUGCUGGCGCAAAAGUAAAGCCGGCGCCCGGCGAGAAAGACGCCGAGACGGGCGAUGCUGCUUCGAAGAAGAAGGCGCGAAAGCAUGACGUUGUCGACAACCACCAAGAGCGCAUGGCCAAGAUUUUUGAAGAUAUCGGAUCGCGUCAAGGGGGCAAUAAUGAAGAUGAAGAACUUGAAGAGGGCGUCGAGGCCGAUGACAUUGAAGAGGAGCCGGCCGAGGAGGAAUUGGACGAUCCGGUCGAAAAACUGAUCCGUGUCUGGGACGGCUGGUCGAGCAAGAUGGACUUUAUGCGCCGGCACACCGAGGAGCGCGAGAGGCGCCUCAACGAGCUCCAGCAAAGCCGCUACUAUGAGACGAACCCGAAGCUGAUCGACGACGCGAGCACGCUGCGCGUUCGGCGCAAGGAUUUUCGGCAAAAUCCCUACUACGCCAUGGCCACCUACAACAAGAACCACGACUACAACAACCGCAUCUUCACGCGGAACUGUGUGCAGACUGGCGAUGGAAGGAAACUCCUCCUCAACCCGCGAACAGCCGACUCGAACCGCCAGGACCGCGUCUGCCUGCCCUACACCAUUGACUACCUCGAUGCCAUCAGCGGCCUCUGCGGUAACGCCCUCUCCAGCCAAUCGCAGACGUACGGUUUCUUCUUCCCGAAAACGGUCGUCAACACCAAGGACAAGGAGCUGGCCGCCGACGGCGACGAGGAAAACUACAUCCUGGAGAACGACGAGCUCGAGCAGAUUACAAACCAGCGAGAAGAGGACACCUCGGCGAUGCCGGAUCACACGAUCUGGGACCAGACGAUGGUCAACCGGACAAUCGCAUUCCGCGGUGGCGCCGGCCAGAAGCGCGUCACGCUGAAGGGACUGGGCGAGAAACAGUCUUAUACGAAAAUUCUUCAGAUUCGGAUGGACGACCGCCUCGAGCAGUUCGCCUCGGCAUCCACGGACCCAACACUUGCGAUGGCCCUGGCCGAUCAGAACAUGCGCGUGCUCGGCGACCAUGCCGAGGAACUGCCGGAUAUGAACGUCGUCUACCCGCCCGAGUUCACCCUCGACGUCGACAACAUCAGCGACAAGGAGCAGCUCACCGAGGCGACUCGCGGCAUUCGACUGUUCGGACUCGGCCCAAUGCUGACGCAAUUCGAAAGCCUGUGGCACUGUCAAUGGGUGCAGAUGACGAUCACCGACCAAGAUUUGAAGGAUCAGCUAAGCGCCCUCGAGCCGUUGCCCGAGCCGCAGAAAUCGCUGCGCCGCAAGGUGGUCCUCACCCCUCGCCGCUACACAUUCUUCGCCAUGGGCAAAUCAAUGCCGAAUUAUCCCCGUGAGAUCAACCUCAGCACGACACUGCUCGAAGAGCCCGACCACACCGAUGCGGAAAUCGGCAACCUCUCGCUGAUCUCGAUGGUGGACAUGAUGAAGAAUUACGAUCGGGAAGAGAACGAGGCGCCGCCGGAAAUGGUCGCCGGACUCGAUGGGGCCACUAUGGUUGAUCCCGAUGAUCUGGCCGACACCUCCUUCGACUACGAGCCGGACAACGCCCCAGCGCCAAUCGGUGACGCGGCCCUGGUCAAGAUCGGCAAGCUUGACGACUCGCACUGGAACAAGGACGCCGUCGACAAGAAGCUGCUCCGCAAGCAACAGCUCCUCAAGAAGCAGCAGGAGCAGCGCCGCAAGGACGAGAAGGGCAAACGGGAGAAGAAUUUCUUCCUGCCAAUCGACGAGUUCAAGCGGCGGCAUCGUCGCAUCGACAAGAUGUUCCGCAAGCGCGCCAACUUCCAGAUGCUGACCCGGCUCGAUUUGAUGCCGCUCAGCGUGUUUUUGAAUCCCGAGAAGAAAAUGCAGCUGCAGCGCCGGCCGGCCGUGCUGGCGGAUCUGGCUGACAGUGCGCAGUACUCCGACUUCUUCGUCAAGCCCGAAGACAUCCCAUUCCAGCUGGACCUCGAUAACGUCAAGCACGUGCAGCGUUUCGCAGCCGAGCCGCUCAUCUACAAGAAGGAGGACUUUGAUCGAGACUACCUGGACGGGAUGAUCUACGAGGCGAACGAGGCCGCCGAGGCCGCUGCAGGCGCGGCCGGGAAUGGAGGCGAUGACGACGAGGAAGAGGAGGAGCCGCCAGUCGUCUACGACUUCACGGCGCCGCCCAAGGAGAAUGAUGGAGACGGGAAGCGCUACCUCGCCUGGAUGGGCCAAUACAAGCUGUCCUUCAACCCCAAGGAUCUCCAGAGCAAGGAGGACUAUCCGUACAAGACGGAGGAGGACUGGAACAUGGAUAUGGGCGACGACCCGAUGACGUACGACGAUCCGGUCUACGACGAUAACAAUGAAAUCGACGUCGAGGCGACGGCUGCGAAGCGGGCUCGCCCGAAUCCGUUCACCUUUGAAGAAGCCCGGCUCCAAGAAGAUUACGAAGAACCGCUGAACGAAAUCGUUCCCACCGAGGAGAUGAGCGAAGAAGAUGCGCUCGCCCUCAACCAGAUGCUCGAGCUCGGCCGUCGUGCCACCCAACAGCGCGUCGACACCUACCAAGUGAAGCUGGCCAUCAAGCAGGUCCUCGGCAAUCAAUAUCUUGACGACUCGCGGCUGAUGAAGCUCGCCCAGCGGUACGGCUUCACGGCGACGAUGGCCAAGAACUUGAGCCUGGGCAGCCCGGAUGGGCCCUCGGACAAGGAGAACGACGAGGAGCAGGCCACCGCCGACACCGAGGAGAAGGACGACACCCAGGAGUCGGGCGUGGCCAGGAAGAAGAUUCGCGAAGCACUGAACGCGCCGCCCGUCGACCCGGAGAACGAGCAGCCGGUCGUCGCCGACCCCACCGACGACGACGACCCCAACAUGUCGCAGCGCGUCGGCGAUUUUGAGGUUGAAGGCGUGCACUCGUUCUCGGGCCUGGUCUCGAUGGUGCCGUACCGACUUCCAUCGCAAGACAGAAACAUCCACGUGGCCACCACCCUCGUCAUCGCACUGCACAUGUGCAACGAGAAUGGCAUCCUGUGCGAGCAGAUGGCCAGCCAGACGUCAGACGGACUUGACUCCAAGGAAUGGAUGUCGGACUUCCGGUUCAGGAAGUCUGGCAACGCGCACGACACGUCGGAGAACCUGGAGGAGGAGUUCGAGCGAAGCCGCGUCGAGUACGAGGAACAACAACAGCGCCAGCCCCUCCUCGACGGCGAUGACGACGAAGGAAUGACCGGA